UCAUUACGUUAUCUCCAUUCACAAUCACAAUCUUCUUCUUCUUCUUCUUCACCGCUUUGCCCUAAAUCAUCCCUCCCUAAGAAAAGAAAACUUCAGAUCUAACCCUAAUUUUCUUUUUCUGCUUAUCAUCUAUCUAAUUUUUCUCUCUUUACAAACUCUAUCUUCGCCUCUCUUUCUUCUCUUUACGCUUCUUUUUAUCCACUGCAAAUCGGGAGUUCGGAACCCUGUCUUUUUUCUAAUAGCUGUAGAAAACCCUAAAUAUCUACAAUCGGUGCCUGAUCUUUCGCAUCUAUCUCGAUUUGUCGACAAUUCUAUAAUCAUUUAACAAAAUUGUUUAAUUCAUAUUGGAUUUUUUUUUCUUUGUCGUCGUAGUCGUUGUUGUUCUAUUGGAAUUUUUGAUAUAGUUAAGAAACCCUAGAAAACACUUGUUGCUGCUGAUAUAUAUUCGAAAUCAAUUCAUUUGUAACAAAAUUUUCAGUUUCAUCUGCAACUUUAACGGAUUGACAUUUUUGCCCCUGGUAUCGUUUUAUUAAGGAGAAAUAAUGGUCGGGGGAGGAAGGAGAGACGAUGUGCCAGGGUUCAACAACACUAAUGUUUUUGCAGCACUUGAGACAUUGAGGAAGAAGAAGAAGUCUGAUAAGGAGCGUGGGUCGUCCAAGAAGGGGUCUUCCAAAUCCCGGGAAUCAUCGCAAGAGCAGCAGAAGGAGACUGAGCCUGAAGUAUUCUGGGCUCCUGCUCCUCUAAAUGCGAAAUCAUGGGCUGAUGUUGAUGAUGAAGAUGAUGAUGAUUAUUAUGCAACUACUGCUCCCCCUCAGGCUGUUUGGGGUUCCUCUGAGCCUCAACUGAGUGAUGAUAAGCCUCCUGUCCAUUUAGAGGAAAGUGAGAGCGAGGAAGAUAUUUUAGAUGAAGGUGAUGAUGAUGUGGAUGAAGACCACGACAAUGACAAUGACCAUGAACCGGAUGUUCCAGUGCAUGCAGAGCCUGUGGUGAAGAAACUUCCUGAAGUAUCUGCAGUGCCUAAAGAGACAGAAAGGCAACUUUCAAAGAAGGAAAGGAAGAAGAAAGAACUUGAAGAGCUAGAGGCCCUUCUUGCUGAUUUUGGAGUUGCCCAGAAAGAUAGCAAUGGCCAAGAAGAGUCACGUGAUGCUGUCCAAGAAGGAAAGGAUGCGGAGCCUACUAUAGAGGGGGAAAAGAAGGAAAGUGCCGCAGGAGAGUCCAAAAGUGCAAAGAAGAAGAAAAAGAAGGAUAAAUCAAAGGAGGUGAAAGAAACCCAGGAUCAGUCAAUGAAUUCAGAAAUCAGCAAUGGGCCAGAUGAAGCUGCUGGAACUGAGCAGCAGGUAGAGGAAGAUGCUUCUGCUGUUGAUAUGAAAGAGCGGCUAAAGAGAAUGGCAUCUGCGAAGAAAAAGAAAUCUAGUAAAGAGAUGGAUGCUGCUGCGAAAGCUGCUGCUCAAGAAGCUGCUGCAAGAAGUGCUAGGCUUGCUGCUGCUAAGAAGAAAGAGAAGAACCAUUACAACCAGCAACCGGUGAGGUAAAAGGCCCUUUUUUGUUUCGCAAACCUAUAUGAACAUGUAUUUCUCGUUGUUCAUAUAACAAUGUGAAAUAAAUAGUGGGCUUAGCGGCUUCAUAAAAGAUCACUUUCCAGUGUACUGCCAUGGACUAAAUUAAGUAUUCUCUCUGGCGAUUUGGAUCUUCAUUGUUGCUUGGGUGUCAUGGAAAACAUAGUUUUGGCAGUUUUGUUAAUUGAAAAUUCUUCUUUGGACAGAGUAAUUGGACGUGAAUUUUGUGUAUUUUGGUCCUUUCAACUUCAUGACUUCUGAUUUAGAAUUGUUGAUGGAGGUGAAAGUUUUUUGCAUUUCA